UUGAUUGGCUCUGAAGUGUUCCGUCAAAAGUCUUGCGACAUUUUUUCAACACAAAAAAAAGUAGGUAUUGAAGUCGAGACGUUUCGGUGUCCGACCCGACACUGCGAUUCUCACACACCACCACAUCCGCACGGAUUUAAACUCCUCUUUUGGAACUGACUGAACGGGACCCAGAAGUACGCUGUUCAUUGAGUGAUACAAAGUAACCGAAAAGGAAUCGUUUCAGCUACUUUGUAGCAAAGGAAUAUUGACUGUUAAAUCUCGAACAAAGAUGACUUCAUUCAAUAAGGGACCAGCCUACGGAUUAUCAGCAGAGGUGAAAAGCAAAAUCGCAGGGAAAUAUGACAUGCAAAAGGAGGAGGAGCUUCGGUUCUGGAUCGAGGAAGUGACGGGGAUGGCCAUAGGAGAGAACUUCCAGAAGGGCCUGAAGGACGGAAUCGUCCUGGGAGAAUUGAUAAACAAACUGCAGCCCGGCUCGAUAAAGAAAAUUAACCACUCACAACUGAACUGGCACAAGGUAUCUGACCUCCGUCACAGGUAUCUGACUCCGUCCACAGGUAUCGUACCCUCCGUUAACAGGUAUCUGACGCUCCGUUACAGGUAUCUGGACCUCCGUUACAGGUAUCUGAACCUCCGUCACAGUAUCGACCUCCGUCGCACAGGUAUGCAGACCUCCGUCACAGGACAGACCUCCGUUCACAAGGGUAUCAGACCUCCGUCACAGGUAUCAGACCUCCCGUCACACAGUAUCAGACCUCCCGUCACAGCUAAUCUGACCUCCGUCACAGCUAUGCUGAACCUCCGUCAAGCUACUGACCUCCGUCACAGCUAUCUGAACCUCCGUCACAGCUAUCUGAACCUCCCCGCCCAACCCCCUCACAGCUAUCUGACCGUCCGUCAACAGCUAUCUGACCUCGUCACAGCUAAUCUGACCUCUCGUCACAAGCUAUCUGACACUCCGUCCACAGGUAUCUUUGACCUCCGUUACAGGUAUGCUGAACCUCCGUUACGGUAUCUGACCUCCGUCACACAGAUGGGGACCAACAAGUGUGCGAGCCAGGCUGGUAUGACAGCGUACGGGACCAGGAGACAUCUUUACGACCCAAAGACCCAGACAGACAAGCCUUACGACCAGACCACAAUCAGUCUGCAGAUGGGCACCAACAAAGGAGCCAGCCAGGCCGGUAUGUCCUGCCCGGGAACGCGUCGUGACAUCUUCGACAAUAAGCAGGUGCAGCAAGUGGACAACUCCACCAUCUCCCUGCAGAUGGGCACAAACAAGGCAGCGUCCCAGAAGGGCAUGAGCGCAUAUGGCCUAGGACGCCAGGUGUACGACCCCAAGUACUGCGGCCCGCCCACCGAGCCUGUCAUUCAUGCCGACGGGAGCCUGGGCACUAACUGCUCAGAGAUCAGCGACAGUGACUAUCAGGCUGAGGAGUUCCUCCAGGAGGGAGAGGAGUACCCAGCUUAUCAUGAAGAGGACAACUACAGCGACGUGGCCCACUACAACGAGGUCGACCAGGGCAUCGACUAUUAGGGCUGUCCCCUGAGGGCCAUCCGGCACUAGCCUGGUCCCAGAUCUGUCUAUGCUGCCAGACUCAUCCGGCUCCACCAUAACAGCCGCUAGACGGAACAGUUAAACAGUGCCUUUUAUCCACGACAAACAGAGAGUCUUUUUCCUCUGUAGUCUUUUUAUUGUAUUCUUUUUAAAUUGAAGCCUGAGAUGAAAUAUUGCCUUGAGUUCAUUACUUCUUCACCUCCCAGCUCUUCUUCCAUUAUAAGCAGCAGUGGUUUCAGUCAGUUAGAAACAUGUAAUGUCCUGAGAUCCAGUGUUUAGGAUGUGCUAUAUUAGGAUUGAGAACCUUCCUUCUAAAUCGACUGUUACAUUAUGAGGUAUGGGACAUUGUGACGUAAACGUUGCAUCAUCUGCAGCCAUUCCACUUUUUUUUAAUCCCCAGACUUGCUUUAAUGAUUGACUCAUCCCUUUAAGGGAAUUCACACAAUCAUGCCAGUCUUAAAAGCUUCACCAGCUGCUUUUAUCUUUUUAAAAAUGUUUACCCAUCUCCUAGCCAACCUAAAAUGACCAAUAUUACUUUCUUUAUUUUAUUGAUACAAAUCAAAGUGAGUGAAAAAUGUUUGAGGAGUCAGGACAUUUAAUCUAUUUCAUUUUAGCAGGUUUCAAUCUCAACCAAAUGGACCAUUUAGCUUUAUCCUGAAGUGAGUCAUUUCGAAUGGCUUUUCCAUUAGACCAGAUGACCAAACCAGAAUGUUCGGCUUUUAUUGCGUACAGUAUGGCUAAUCUUAUCACACCAUGUUAUUUAACCAGGAAAAUAGCCUUGAGGUUAGAAACCUCAUUUUUUUAUGAGGGGUGACCUGGCAAGAAAUCAGCAGGAAGUAGUCAGUGUGUACACACAAUACAUUAAACACUAUUAGAAUGGUCAAUUACAUUCCCUUUUCUAUCAGAGCUUUAAACUCAGUCAACGGCACCAUCUCUUCCAGUUUUAAAGUAUUUUGUAGUUUGUUCAAAGUCCAAGAAAUGUUGGAUUGUUUCCCCAUUUCUGUUUUUUCCCUAGGAGCUGACUGAGAGUGGAGACUGUAGGAUUGUGACGGUGCUAGUCAGGAGCAAAUAUAUUUAAGGAGUAUUACAAGCACUGCCUUGUACACAAAUAUGUCCCAGUGCCUUCUGGUAGGAAACGAGGGCCACUUCACCAUGUUAUAUAGUUGCCAGUGAUGGGUGAGUGGUCUUGCAUUAGUUAUGACCCUUAGUGCUCAUUAAUACACUACAUUCAGCAUGAUCCAACACAGAUAAAAAAAAACAUGGCCUUCGCACAAGAUCUUUCCUAACUGACAUAGAAAAACAAGAUUUGUUCCUAAAAAUAAAAAUCUAAUUUCAGCUUCA